AAUUCCCAUUUAUUAAUAACAUUUCUUACUCUUUGCCCAAAAGUCUUUUUUCCGACAAUUCUUACCUCCACCACCUGCGAUUUUCCUUUGGGGAAAGCCGUUGUUCAUUUUCGCAAGAAACAAAGCUGCUCGGUUUAGUCGUCGCAGAUAGUGCUUCAUUCACGCUGAGAAUGAUGAUGAUGGUGAUCAUAUAGAGGGAUUCCAUAAAUUCAAGUAAAUUGAUCCUCCAGCUUGAAAGUUUCGAUGAGGCAUUUCAUCAAACACUUACCGAGCAACCCAUUCUCUCACUACUACUACCCCCUCUCAUCAUCAUCAUCAUCAUCAUCAUCAUCUUAUUCACUUUCUUCUCUUCUCUUACCAUCAAUGUCCACUAAUUUCUCGUCCUCUUCAACCUCCUCAUAUUCAUCAUCCAAUCAACACAGUGGAUUCCAUGCGUCCCUCUUCUGCACUGUCAUCCAUCUCUUCCUCUCCUGCGGUCGAUUAUCCAGAGCCGUUGAUGCAUUCGCUUCCAUGCGGUGGACUUACGGCCUCGUUCCACCCGAUCUGUCCUCCUGGAAUCGCUUAAUUCGCGAAUUCAACGCCUCUGGGUUGGUCUCUCAGGUAUGGCUCGUCUAUUCCGAUAUGCUCUCUUGUGGGUUUGUUCCAAAUGUUGCUACUCGUAACAUGGUCAUUCACUCUCUCUGCAAAGUUGGAAAGCUUAGCAUAGCAUUAGAAUUGCUAAGAACAUCCUCAAACAAUAUUAAAAUUGACACUGUUACUUAUAACACUGUUGUUUGGGGGUUUUGCAGCGUGGGUCUUGCUAAACAGGGUUUUGGGUUGUUGUCUGAAAUGGUCAAGAAGGGUGUACCUGUUGAUUGUUUUACUUGCAAUAUCUUGGUAAAUGGUUUUUGCCGAAUUGGGAUGUUAGGACGUGCCGAAUGGGUCAUGGAUAGUCUUGUUAAUACGGGCGGGAUUGGGCGGGAUGUUGUGGGAUUCAACACCUUGAUUCAUGGGUAUUGCGAAGGAGGCGAGGUCAACGCAGCUCUUGAGUUGAUGGAGAGUAUGCAAAAGCAAGGUAUCUUUCCCGAUAUUGUUACUUACAACACUCUGAUUGAUGGGUUCUGCAAAAUAGGGGAUUUUGCACAGGCAAACAAUCUCAUUGAUGAGCAUUUGGGGUCUCAGAGAAGUAUAUACAAUGACGGUGGUACUUGGAAGAUUGAUGGUACUGAAAACAAGGAUUCUGUAUUUGGAGGAUUGGAGUCGAAACGAAAUCUUAUCACGUAUACCUCGCUUAUUAGUGGGUAUUGUAAAUGGAAAGGGCUUGAGGAAGCACUUAUUGUUUAUGAUGAGAUGCUUAUGAAUGGGUUCUUGCCUGACACAGUAACUUAUAGUUCCAUUAUGAAUUGUUUCUGCAAACACAAGAGGUUAGCUGAAGCAGAAGCACUUUUCAAGGAGAUGGAAAGGACGGGUGUGGAUCCUAAUCAUGUUUCCUACUCCAUUCUCAUUGAUUCCUUCUUCAAAACUGGAAAUGCUAUGGAGGCUUUUGCCCUUAAAGGUCAAAUGGUAGUUCGUGGAAUUGCCUUUGAUGUGGUUGUGUUUACCACAUUGAUGGAUGGGCUCUUUAAGAUUGGAAAUCCUGGUAAGGCAGAGGACAUGUUUCGGUCUCUUUUAAAUCUUAACUUAGUUCCUAGUCAUAUUACUUAUUCUGCAUUGAUUGAUGGACGUAGCAAAUUGGGAGAUAUGAAGGGGGUGAAAUCUAUACUGCAAGAGAUGGAGGCAAUAAACGUUCCUCUGAACAUCAUUACAUAUUCCUCUGUUAUUUAUGGCUACACCAAAAUGGGGAUGCUUGACGCAGCUGCUAAUGUCAUGAGUAAGAUGGUGUGCCAGAGCAUCAUGCCAAAUGUUUUCACUUAUGGUAUCCUGAUUGAUGGUUAUUUCAAGGCUGGUAAACAAGAAAUCGCUCUUGAAUUCUAUAAGGACAUGAAAUUGAGAGGGGUGGAGGAGAAUAACUUCAUACUUGAUGCAUUUAUCAACAAUUUGAAAAGAGGUGGAAUGAUGGAUGAGGCCGAGGCAUUAUUUAGAGAUAUGAUGUCCAUGGGAUUGUCGCCUGACUGUGUUAACUACACUUCUCUAAUGGAUGGAUUCUUCAAAGUGGGAAAGGAGUCGGCUGCUCUUACCAUGGCCCAAGAAAUGACAGAAAAGAAUAUAGGGUUUGAUGUGGUUGCAUACAACGUGUUAAUUAAUGGACUCUUGAGACUUGGCAAAUAUGAAGCACAAUCUCUUUAUUUAGGAAUGAGGCAGUCUGGUUGGGCUCCAGAUCUUGCAACGUACAACACAAUGAUCAAUGCUUAUUGUAAAGAAGGGAACUUGGAAAAUGCUAUCAAACUCUGGGAUGAGAUGAAGAACAAUGGGUUAAUGCCUAAUUCAAUCACUUUUAACACUAUGGUAGGAGGGCUUUGUGAAGCAGGUGAGGUUGAUAAAGCAAUGAAUUUGUUGAAUGAAAUGAGGAAUGUGGGGUUUCACCCUACCCCAACUACUCAUAGACUAGUGCUUGAUGCGGUUUCUGCUGAUAGAAGGGCUGAGAAAAUUCUGGUUAUGCAUAAACAGAUUGUAGAUAUGGGACUUAGACUCGAUCAAUUAGCUUAUAACAAUCUCAUAAACAUCUUAUGCAGAGUAGGGAUGACAAGAAAGGCAACUUCAGUAUUAGAAGAGAUGACAGAAAAAGGCAUUUCAGCUGACACUGUCACUUACAAUGCUCUUAUACACGGAUACUGCAAAAGUAGCCAUUUAAAAAUGGCUUUUUCCAUGUAUUCUCAAAUGUUGAGUGAAGGAGUUUCACCUAAUAUUGCAUCUUACAAUUUUCUUUUAGGGGGCCUCUUGGCUUCUGGUUUUAUGCAUGAGGCUGCUGAAUUAAUUGAUGAAAUGAAGGAAAGAGGCUUUGUUCCCAAUGGCAAUACGUAUAAUGUUUUGGUUUCUGGUUAUGCAAAGAUGGGAAAUAAAAAAGAAUCUAUAAGGCUAUAUUGUGAAAUGGUAACCAAAGGCUUUAUUCCCCAAACAAGUACUUUCAAUGCGCUUAUUAGUGAUUUUGCCAAGGUGGGAAAGAUGAAGCAAGCUAGAGAGCUUAUGAAUGAGAUGCAAGUACGAGGGGUACCACCUAAUUCUUCUACUUAUGACAUAGUAAUUAGUGGCUGGUGCAAGUUAUCAAAACAGGCAGAGCUGGACAAGAUGUUAAAAAAAUUGUACCGAACUGAGGCAAAGAAGUUAUUCAAAGAGAUGGAUGAGAAAGGUUUUAUUCCAUGUGAAACUACCCUUAACUAUAUCAGUUCUGUCCUUGCAAAACCCGGAAAGAAGGCAGAUGCUCUGAGGUUGUUGGAUGGAUUGUACAAAAGAAAGAGCAGUAAAUAGAUUAGUAAAAAAAAAUGAGGGAAAUCUUGUCUUGAAAGUGCCAGCUUGUCCACAGCAAUCGAAUGUUCUACUUCAGCUACUUGAGUACUUCAUAGUUCGUUUGGGUGUCUGGCUCUUAAAUGCAUCACAUAAGGAUCAUUCAAAACUAUUGAUAGUUGAUGACUAAUUUUAAAGCAUGUGCCAUACCUUCUGCCACCGGCCACUGACUCUGACAUCUUCAUCAUCAUAUGGUCAUGAAAUCAUGCAAGUGAGCAGCUCUUGCUGCCAAGAGGAACUUAUUGACAGAGAAGAAGUGACGACUUUCUGCAAAAAGGGGGCACAAGUGGUUGCAUACACUGCUAUAUUUUCUUGUGGGAACUAUCAGGGUGUCGCUCGUUUGGCCAAGGCAAAAGGCUUGGCAGUUCCAAUCGCCCAUAAGAAGGCAGUGAAGAAGAUGAGGUGCCGUUUCUUCCACAAACUUAUGGCUCUGUGAUAAGGUUCCUUGGGCAAUAUAGGGUUUUUCUGUUUCUAGGUCUCGUCGAGGGAUUCAGCAACGGGUUUGCCAUUGUUAAGCAAGACGGGCUUUCUUAUGGAUGGGAUUGCAGUCGAGAAUGAGGGAGCUCUUGUUGGUCAGAUCUUGUUCCAGGUACUAGUACCGGAUGCCCUUCGGCUUCAGAAGCCCAUUUGACCUGCAGACAUAUGGACUGAACCAUGCCCAAAU